CACAGUUCAGUUAUCAACGGUUUGCUGAGCCGGUCGGUCGUUGGGUUGGUCGCUUUUGUUCCCGUUGACGGUUCAGGAUUUCGAGUAGCAGGAACUGUAAAGCGGAAAUGUGGAUGUGGCUGUGAAAAACUCCAUCAACUAGUGGAUUAGGUAAUUCCGGGCGGUGGGAGGCAUCUUCUCGGGUUAUUGCAAGUUGUUUUGAUUUCGUGCCGUUGAGAGUAGUCAGAAGGAAGUACGCGUGUGACAGGACAGUUUUUCCUGCAUUUUUUAGAAUAGUUUUUUUUUUCAUUCCCGAUCGUAAAAGUGACCCAGUCGAGUAGAAGUGACCGUCGUAUUUCAAAGCUAACGAGGAUAAAGGAUGCAAUAAAAGAAGACAGCUGCAGACGGCUCUCGAAUGAAAUGAAUUAAGAGGAUAGAAUACGGUGAUAUGUGCUUCCUGGCAGGAAGUUCGGAAUAUAGAAAAAAAUGUACGGAAGCAUGUGCGAUAAGAUAAAUCCUUUCACGGGAUGAUUGAUAUCAGUGAAAUUGAUUUGUGUCGUAAGCCGUCUCUUUAGAUUCCGACUGGACCGGUGUAGAUGGUGUCGGUGCAUACCGGGAUAUGUGGGAUAUAAUGCCAAUCGUGGCUCAUCAUUUAUGUUAGAUCGGAUGAACGAAUCAAGAGUGUGUUAUUAAAAUUGUUAGUGUUGCCACGAUGGAGAACGAACCAAUUUUUUGCACCUGCCAGUCGAGUGACGUUGAUGGUAUGAUCCAUGUGGUUGAAGGCACGUGUAGCUGAUCGGUCCCAUUGUCCGAGUAGAGUGCGGGUUUUUUUUGUAGAGGAUUAAACAUGAAAGGGUUUUGCUGGGCUAUGAAAAUGAAAAAUAAAAAUUGUGUUAAUUUGGGAAACAAUGUUUGAUUGAAAGUUGAAAAGUGCACCAAUCAAACCAACCUCGGUAAACCACUCGAUUCGAAGAGAAAUUUAGCGGAGAACGGGACGUGAAUGGUUGAAAUAAACUUACUGUGUUUCACGUUAAUUCUAGAUAUUGAGUUUCAUUGGAUACGGGAAAAGCAGCGGAAAAAUCUGCGUUCACCAAGCGGCACAAAGCUGAGGAAAUUGCUCAAGUACAAACGGUUUACCUUUAUGGAAUGAAAGGAAGCGCGAACACAAACACAGCUGGUACCAGGCACAGCACAACGAAUGCAACCGGAAGCACAAAUGCUCUAGAAUAUUUUAAUUGCAGUUUUCAGACCAAACUCGACCAAAAGUGCGGCUCAGUAGUAAGUGGGAAUGGAAAUGAAAGUAAAGGCGAUUGCGUUGUGUCGCUCUUUUCCUUGUUUAGCCGGUUUGUGGUGAUGAUUUAAAUCGUUUUUUUUUGUGUGCUAAAGUUUUCACCUAGGAGUGUUCGUGCGGAAGUGAAAAGUACAGUUUUGUGCAAGAAGAAAGAAAAAAAAGACUUAACAAGAAAGAGAAACAUUGGAUAUGCUUCUUAUCGUCUUUUCUCGAGUAGCGACAAAGUGUCAGCCAGCAAUGGUCACCUGAACGGAGCUAGAGCUCAAGCUCUCAAGUGUGCCAUUUUGAGCCAGUCAUCGGGAAUAAGCACGGGCGACAAUCUGAUAAAACCACCGAUAAUGAGCUACAUUACCGUUUUCAUCAUCGCCAUCAUCCCCGACGCCAACGCCAACGUCGCUAGCAUCUCCAGCACCGUCAACGCUAUCGCUCUGGUUGAUGUAGUCGACACCCCGGGCGCCGCUUCCUGCCAUCCAGAUCAGAAGAAACUGUCACCCAAUUAAGAAGCACCAGGCAACACGAUAGCUCCUUUCCGUCGAACCCGAACUCGUACCAAAUCAAAUCAACCCUAACCGUGCAGCGUAUUCUCGUCUUACCCGCUUUCUAUUGUACCGCGCGACGAUGGCUGUCUACACCUUCGACGGUAUCGGUGCCGUGUCACAGUGGCCCCUGAAUGCAACAGCAGCAGCUCUCACCGUCGCACUACUUUCCACGCUGCCUCAUGGGGUGGCAUCAGCCACGGCCAGCCCGACCUCGCCAUCGUCCCCAGAGGAGCUUUGCUGGCUGGCACUGAUGAAUUGUAGUGAUUUUGCCGAUGGAAACUUCACCCUCGUCGGACAACGAAACCUCUCCUCUGACCUGUACCCAUCGUUGGACCCGUGCGAUCUGGAUAAUGUUGACUUCCAGUGCACGGUCCAGCAGUACCUGGAGUAUGCCCGGGGACCGCAGCAGAUGCCACUGACAACCGCACUUCUGGUAACAGUGCUAUUUGUGGGCAUCCUUGUCACCGGAGUUGUGGGCAAUGUGAUUGUCUGCUUGGUAAUCAUCCGUCAUCCGUCGAUGCGCACCGCCACCAACUACUACCUGUUCAGUCUGGCCGUCUCGGAUCUCAUCCUGCUGGUGCUGGGCCUCCCGUACGAGAUAAGCCUCUACUGGCAUCAGUACCCGUACAACAUGGGUUUGCUGUUCUGCAAGAUCCGGGCGCUUUUGUCGGAAGCCUCCACCUACGUAUCGGUGCUGACGAUAGUGGCUUUCUCGAUGGAACGCUUUUUGGCCAUCUGUCACCCGCUGCAUUUGUACACGAUGUCCGGAUUGCAGCGACCGGUACGCAUCAUUGCCGGUCUGUGGAUCGUGAGCCUCUUCAGUGCAGUGCCUUUCGCCGUAUUCACCGACAUCGAUUACAUCGUGUACCCACCGACAAAAGAAAAAAUACUGGAUUCGGCGUUCUGUGCGAUGCUAAGCAACCCGGAAGGGAUUCCACUGUGGGAGCUGUCGACAUGCCUGUUCUUCGUCAUACCGAUGGUUGUGAUGGUCGUUCUCUACGGCCGGAUGGGCAUGCAGAUUAGAUCAAGGACACAGCGGACGGUGGAGCUAGGCGUGCGGAACGGUUCCGUAAAUGGACAGUCCAGAGUCUCACAAUCCCGAAAGGCUAUCAUUCGCAUGCUGGCUGCCGUUGUGAUAACGUUUUUCAUCUGCUGGGCGCCAUUCCACGCGCAACGACUACUGUUCCUGUACGGUCGAGAGUGGCAGCAUUUCUCCGCGGUCAAUGUGUGGCUGUUCUGGGUGGCCGGAUGGCUGUACUACGUGUCCUGCACCAUCAAUCCCAUCCUGUACAACGUAAUGUCCCACCGCUACCGGGUAGCAUUCCGAGAAACACUAUGCGGCCGUCGUCGAGGCUUCGGACCCAGCUUCACCAGAGAUCAGUCCAGUUUCCGCGAAACAACGUUGGAUGCCGGAGUGGGCUGCGAAAACUCGAAACUGCUGCGCGCCCGUUCGAUGAUGCAGUCCAAACGGUCCCGCUACAAGGGCAGCACUACUCUGCAUUCGAACAACAGCAUCCGCUACGAUGGCAACUGCGUACGGCGAAACUCCCUGCAGAUUGGACACCUGCCGGGCAACCGCGGCUCGCUAUCGCCACCCAACAUGACCACCGAUGUGGUGGUAAAAUUGGAAAAUAACCUCACGGGCAGGGCACGCUGCUACACGACGCCGGCCUCAACAGCGCUGGUUGCGACGCCAACGAAUACGAAGGCCAUCGAAAAUAAUCUCAAGGUCCCACUGAUAAACAUCAACGGCGGCAGCGAUUGCAUGGCAAAUGCCAAUAAUGUAAAUAAUGUAGAUAAUAGUAACCACAACAACAACAACGGAAAUAUCAACCAACGCAUUAAAAAGGAAAACAAUAUAUCCACUGUCCCAAUGUCCUCUUCGUUGGAUUCGUUUGCCACCGCAGAACCCACCAGCACCACGGAAGGCAACCAGCCAGAACAGGACGAACGACCAUCAGAAGAAACUACACAUCAUGAUUCCCACCAGGACCAUCAUAAUUGUAGGUCGCGGCAACUAAACCAUCAAUUAAUUAGCGGAUAUGAAAGUGACAAAACCGGCAGCCAGGAAGGAGAAACUUGCAUUUAACAGCUGCCUGCCGGUUCAGCUAGGCAACGGACACCGAUGCUAAUCUCUUUGCUUUGCCAAGUUUGCUAAAGUUGUGACAAUGACCGCCCCGUGAAUGCCAUCGCUAGAAGGGAGAGCUUGUUUGGGCGACAAGCUAGCUCUUGUCUGGAUGGCAGACGAGAAGACGUUUUUAUAUCGUUGAAGACCAAGCAAAAAUCCAGAGCUUGCAAGAUAUCUGUUGGUGAAAUAACUAAAAGAAUCUCCUUUAGAAUGAGUUAUAUAUUGUUGUUACACUAUCGCUUUACUUUGCUGAGUCAAACAUUGAAUGCCAAAAGACUACAGGAACUAAGAAAAAGGCAAGCCAAAACUUCGAACGUAUGUACCUUUUAUGUGAAUAUAGAGUACAGAAUCCACGAAUCAUAGUUAUAUAGUGUUAUGCAUAGGAAACAUCUGAGAUGUUUUUUAUUAUUUGCGGGUUAGCUCUUUUUCCUAACGGGGCGCACCCAAGUUGCCGCCUCAUUCAUCCACGAAGCGCCACCCGGGGACAGUUAUGAAGGCUAACCGUACCACGUGAUAUAUUUGAAUAAGAAUAGUUUAUAUUUUGCGAUGAAUAAAUCAUAAACCAAUUUUACAAUGCAAAUGUAUUGUGCGACUGAAUGUAAGAAGAAGAAAAAUUAAGAUUGGCAGU